CUUUUGUUUGGUUGACUUCCGCCAUAUUGGGAGUGAGCUUGGCUGUGGGGUUGCUCAUGAGGAAAUAGACAGUCACAAGAAAGUUUACAUUUGGACUGCAAAUUGCUAAAAUCAGGAUGGCGAUGCGACAGCCAGCAGCCGUCAUAGACAAUGGAACAGGAUAUACAAAAUUAGGAUUUGCAGGGAACACAGAACCACAGUAUAUAAUGCCCUCUGCUAUUGCAGUAAAGGAAACAGCAAAACUUGGUGGGAAAGGUUCAAUCAGAGGAGUAGAUGAUCUUGACUUUCACAUUGGUGAUAGUGCAUUAGACAUACCGUCUUAUUCAACAAAGUGGCCUAUAAGACAUGGUAUAGUAGAGGACUGGGAUUUAAUGGAACGGUUUUGGGAACAAUGUAUUUUCAAAUAUUUACGUGCAGAACCAGAAGACCACUAUUUUUUACUGACUGAGCCUCCACUUAACACCCCAGAAAACAGAGAGUACACAGCUGAAAUUAUGUUUGAAUCUUUCAAUGUUCCUGGCUUGUACAUCGCUGUUCAGGCUGUCUUGGCUUUAGCUGCAUCGUGGACGUCCAGGCAAGUUGGCGAGAGAACUUUGACUGGAACUGUCAUUGACUCGGGAGACGGUGUUACCCACGUGAUCCCAGUUGCUGAAGGAUAUGUCAUCGGAAGCUGUAUCAAGCACAUUCCAAUUGCUGGUAGGGACAUUACUUACUUUAUCCAGCAACUGCUAAGGGAAAGAGAAACUGGAAUCCCGGUCGAGCAGUCUUUAGAGACAGCCAAGGCUAUCAAGGAGCGGUUUUGCUACACCAGUCCAGAUAUAGCAAAGGAGUUUAACAAGUAUGACUCAGACCCUGCUAAGUGGAUCAAGCAAUAUGAUGGUGUGAAUAGCGUCACAAGGAAACCUUUUUCGGUCGAUGUCGGAUAUGAGCGCUUCCUUGGACCUGAAAUCUUUUUCCAUCCAGAAUUUUCAAACCCAGACUUCACGACCUCGAUUUCAGAGGCGGUUGAUGUUGUCAUUCAGAACUGUCCCAUUGAUGUUCGACGUCCCCUUUACAAGAAUAUUGUCUUAUCUGGUGGGUCCACAAUGUUCCGAGACUUUGGAAGGAGGCUGCAAAGAGAUGUAAAGCGUGUUGUAGAUGCGAGAUUGAAGCAAAGCGAGGCUCUGAGUCAAGGAAGAAUUAAACCUAAACCAAUUGAUGUUGCCGUAAUAACCCACUCUAUGCAAAGAUACGCAGUAUGGUUCGGUGGAAGCAUGUUGGCAUCAACUCCGGAAUUCUAUUCAGUUUGCCACACGAAAGAACAGUACGAUGAAUGUGGUCCAAGCAUUGCAAGGCACAAUCCAGUAUUUGGGACAAUGUCAUAAUUAAUCGCAGUAUAGUCUAAAAGUAACGUUAACUUCCAUCAAUUAACAACUUUUGAUUUAUCAUCAAUGGACAAUUCAAUCAGAUUGACUCUUCGGUGUUUAAAAACGCAGUUUACAUAAUUUUUUAGAUUCUAAAGCUAAGGGAGAAUAGAGAAAAGUUUCAAGUUUCUGCUGGAUGCAUUCCUUAAGCUUGAGCUCAGUAUCCCACGAAUUAUCCCUGCUUAAAUUUUCGCUCUAGAUUAAAUUGUCUGCUUAUACCUUUAUAACUUGCUAAUUGAAUCCUCCAAAUGCACUGAAAAUUUAAAUAAUGACAGAAAACACCUAACUCGCAGCUUUUCAAUGCACGGAACGGAACUGGGAUAAUUCAUCGUUUGUUAAAUGUUCUCCUUGUAGAUCUAGGCUCUUUCACAAAAUUUCAUGUAUUGCACUUGAAUUUGAAAUUUGUUGUCACUUGGAUAUUCCGCAGAUGUAUCUAGUUUUAUACAAACAAUGUCGUCAUGUUUUGUCACAAUCUUUUUUAUUCCUUUGAUAAUUUUUGAAGCAAGUUCUAGACGGGAAAUUUACAGUACCAGUAUUCUUGUCACAUGUGUCAGUCUUCAAAGAUUUAUAGGCCCCGUUA